AUUCAGGGACGCAGCCAUUUUGAAAAAGGUCACAAGCAACUAUUAUAUUUGGUCACUUUCGGAUUUGAAAGAGAAAGUACACCCGGUGACAACGGUUUGUUAUGUCUAGUUUACUUAGUAAAGAGGUGGCUGCGGGGUUGCUAGGGGCGGCUGCUGUUGGAGCAAUAGCUGGUUUACUCACUUCUAAAUACAGAUCUAGAACAAGUGAUGGGACACAGGAUUCAUCUGCACGGCCGUCAGCAGAUAUCGGGCUUCGGACGGAAGAUCCAAUUACAGAGAGCAACCGGCUAGAAGCCAAACGACUACACCACAGCCUGAAAGCCGAAAUAAGCGCUGAAAUUGGAUCCGAAGACGACCCUUUUAAGUACAUGAAAGAAAAUUUGAAACCAUAUGUUCCUUUGUCUAUAGCCAAGUCAUGCAAUGAUAUGGCUGAUGUUCUUAACACGUUAGAGAGCAGAGGUCAUAUAUCAAUAGGAGAUUAUUCCUUUCUCAAGGAAAAUAUCUUCAAACCCGCCAGUUAUGAAAAUAAGGAGAUCAUGGUGUUAAUUAAUAAGGUAGAGACACAGAUUCAGGAACUUCUUGAACCAGACAGUUCGGGCGCAAAUGUUGAUCUCAAUACUCCAUCUACAAGCAGUAUUAAACAGAAGAAAACAGUUUACGAUGCAGUUCUUCUAUACGCCGAAGAUGACCGGAACAUUGCCAUUGACGUCCUAGCAGAUCUUAGAACUGUGUCGACUGAAUACAGCAUUGUUCUUUUUGAUGAACUCCCGCUCGCAAACACUGAUCAGUUCGAAGCGAUGGAUUACAUAAACAAUACCUGUCGCUUUAUAUUGAUAGUAGCGACUGAACAAUUCACCGGGGACGCUCUUGUUCAAUAUCAGACCAGAAUGUUGCUCAAUGAUUUUAUAAAAACCAAACAGCACCGGGUAGUGCCAAUCUGGCUCAAGAAGAACACCGACAAUAUUCCUCGGGAAAUAGCCGUCCUAAUAGGUCUCCCAUAUUACUUCUUUGACAGGAAUAAGACGAAUGUCCAUACAGAGAUCUUCACGAAGAAAUUUAAAAGAACAAUCGAGAUGGGAAGACAGACUUAUCUCUGCAGUUAAAGGUCCAUUCUGGCUGAUCUUGAUCAGGUAUACAGCAGUAUUCGUUUCUAAAUCAUACGUGUCAUUGUAUUUUUUAUAUCUCUUCUGGUGCUUCUCAUGUAGUUUCCAUUUGUUUUUAUUGAAAUAUAUUUUUCAA